AUGAAGCAGAGGUUUUCGUCUCUCGAUGUCAAGGUCAUUGCGCAUGAGCUCCAAGGGAGCUUGGUGACUCUGCGACUCUCGAAUGUCUACGACCUCUCCUCCAAGAUCCUGCUCCUAAAAUUCGCCAAACCGGAUAACAAGCAGCAACUUCUCAUCGACAAUGGAUUUCGCUGCCACUUGACCGACUUUGCCCGAACGACUGCGGCGGCACCGUCUGCCUUUGUAGCCCGGCUACGGAAAUAUCUCAAGACCAGGAGGUUGACGUCCGUUGCGCAAGUAGGGACCGACAGAAUCCUCGAGUUCCAGUUUAGCGAUGGCCAAUAUCGCAUGUUUCUCGAAUUCUUUGCCAGUGGAAAUAUUAUUCUCACCGAUGCCGACUUGAAGAUAUUGGCCAUUUCUCGCAAUGUCAGCGAGGGAGAGGGGCAGGAGCCACAAGGGGUUGGUCUCCAGUAUUCCCUGGAGAAUAGGCAGAACUUUGGUGGAAUUCCGGCCUUGACAAAAGAAAGGAUAAGGAAUGCCCUUAAUACUGCCGCCGACAAGGCCGAAGCGAGCACAGUGGCCGCUACUUUCUCCGGCAAGAAAGCCAAAGGCAAAGCUGGUGGCGAUCUGCGAAAAGCGUUGGCAGUUUCUAUAACAGAGCUGCCCCCUGCCCUGGUUGAGAAUAUUCUUCAGGCAAAUAACUUUGAUGUCUCUGCUAAGCCGGCCGAUGUGGUUGAUAAUGAGCUGCUCCUGGACGAAUUGGUCAAACACUUGUCUGAGGCUCGUGAUAUUGUUGAAAACAUUAUCGCAUCUACAACUUGCAAGGGUUACAUUUUUGCAAAGAAGAAGGCCACCCUCUCGAGCGGAACGGACGAGACAGACGAAACCCCUAAGCAUGAGGGAUUGCUCUAUGAAGACUUUCAUCCAUUUGUCCCGCAAAAGUUCAAGAGUGACCCGUCUAUUCAAGUAUUAGAAUUUGAAGGGUAUAAUCGAACGGUUGAUAAAUUCUUUUCAUCUCUAGAGGGCCAGAAGCUGGAAUCUCGUCUUGUUGGGAGAGAAGAAGCUGCCAGGAAGAAGCUUGAAGCAGCCCGGCACGAACAGUCCAAGCGAAUCGAAGGUUUACAGGAUGCACAGGCGAUGAAUUUCCGCAAAGCAGCUGCAAUUGAAGCCAAUGUGGAGCGUGUGCAGGAAGCCAUGGAUGCGGUAAAUGGCCUUCUCGCCCAAGGCAUGGAUUGGGUUGAUAUUGGAAAGCUCAUUGAGCGAGAGAAGAAACGGCAGAAUCCAGUUGCUGAGACCAUCAGCCUUCCCCUGAAACUAGCGGAAAACACUAUUACACUCUUCCUCGCAGAAGAAGAGUUUGAUGAAGACGAGGCGGAAGAAGAUAAUCCUUUCGAAACGGACGACAGUGAUUCUGAAGCAGAGGCGAGUGAAGUUGCCCAAGCUAAAGAUAAAAAAAGCGACAAGCUACUCACCGUCGACAUCGCUCUCAACAUAAGCCCCUGGAGCACCGCAAGAGAUUACUACGAAGAGCGAAGGUCUGCUGCCAUGAAGGAGGAAAAAACUCAACUUCAAGCGAACAAGGCCCUGAAGAGCACCGAGCAAAAAAUCUCAGAAGAUCUGAAGAAGGGAUUAAAGCAGGAGAAGGCCCUGUUACAGCCCAUUCGCAAGCAGAUGUGGUUUGAGAAAUUCAUUUGGUUCAUUUCCUCGGAUGGGUACUUGGUCCUUGGAGGAAAAGACCCUCAGCAGACUGAAAUCCUGUACAGAAGGUAUUUGCGCAAGGGAGACAUUUACUGUCACGCCGAUAUCCGUGGCGCUGCGCAUAUUGUGAUUAAAAAUAACCCAAAUACGCCAGAUGCCCCUAUUCCUCCGGCAACUCUGUCACAGGCAGGUUCACUGUCGGUAUGCACCUCGGAUGCCUGGGAUUCCAAGGCGGGCAUGGGCGGAUGGUGGGUGAAUGCGGACCAAGUAUCUAAGUCGACCCCGACGGGUGACAUUCUACCUGCUGGGAGCUUCACAAUUCAGGGAAAGAAGAACUAUCUUCCUCCGACACAACUUUUGCUUGGUUUGGGGUUUACGUUCAAGAUUAGCGAGCAAAGCAAAAGCAAGCAUCUGAAACACCGGGUACACGACGAGCGCUCUUCAUUGGAAACAACCGAGACUGCGACGACAGGCGAAGAUGAGUUGCAAGCCGUUGAAGAAAACGAUGAUUCAGAUGAUUCGGGGGCCGAAUCCGAAGAGAAUCAGCCUGGUGAGGACAAACGAGCCAACCCCCUACAAGGCUCUGGCGACGAGGAUGAGGCCACAGUCGACACAGCAGACAAGUUGUCAGCUGUGAGGAUCAGUGACGAGCCUGAGAACGAUGAAGCUGAGCCAUUGACCACGGAUGCAUCCAAAGAGGAGCUAAGAGAGGGAGAAAAAGAGGCAGAUACGAUUGAAGAAGAGGAUGACAUCGAGGAAGACGAGGUGACACCUUCCGAACAGGCCACCGAGAUCUCUGAGGCCCCUACCAAAGCUUCUGAUAUUGCUUCAUAUACAACGGGAGCCUCGGCUGCCACAAAGAAAAGAGGCCAGAAACGUGGACAAAAGGGAAAAGCGAAAAAGAUGGCUCAGAAAUACAAGGACCAGGACGAAGAGGACCGCGCCACAGCAGAAGCACUGAUAGGAGCAACGAUAGGACGACAGCGGGCCGAAGCAGAAGCUGCCGCGAAAGCCCAGCGCCAGGCCGAACUGGAAGCCCAAAAGGAGCGCCGGCGGGCCCAGCACGAGCGGAAACAGAAGGAGGUUGCGGAGCAAGAGGAGAUUCGCCGCGCCAUGAUGAACGAGGGCCUGGACGCUGGGGAGCCAGACGAGGCAGAGAAGGCGACGAACCUGGACGCGUUGGUUGGCACGCCGCUGGCUGGAGACGAGAUUCUGGAAGUCCUUCCCGUUUGCGCGCCGUGGAGCGCCCUGGUUCGAUACAAGUACAAGGUCAAGAUGCAGCCGGGCUCCGUGAAGAAGGGCAAGGCGAUCAAGGAGGUGCUGGAGCGGCUGAAGACGGACUCUGCCAGAAAGGGAGUCAUUGACGAGGCGGCGAGGGAUUCGGAGAAGAUGUGGCCCAGGGAGGUUGAGCUCAUCAAGGGACUCAAGCCGGAGGAGAUUGCCAACAGUGUGCCGGUUGGCAAGCUGAGAGUCAUGAUGGCCGGAGCCAGCGGAGGAAGUGGUUCUGGCGGCGGCGGCGGCGGGAAGGGUAAAAGUGGUGGGAAGAGUCAAGGAAAGGGGGGCAAAGGGGGUAAAGGAUCAAAGAAGUAG